AUGCCACCAUCUACUCGCAUACCGCCACUCCUCCAACCCUCCAUAAACCUCCCGCGCGAUGAUUCGCUUCUCCUCCUCACAAGCACCCUCGGUGCCAGCGCGAAUUGGCUGAUAAUCAGGUUCCUGUGCAAUGCGCUGAGCGACAGUAGUACACGAGAUGGUGGAGAAGAGGGACCAAAUGUUGUGCUUGUUAGUUGGAUGAGGGAAUACGAGUUUUGGAAGCAAGAGGCGCGGAAGGGUGCGGGUUUGGAUCUAGAGAGGCUGAGGCGGGAAGGGAGCUUUGCGUUUGUGGAUGGGUUGAGUGGAACGGGGUCAGAGGCGAUUGGGAAUGGGAUAAUAGGGAAUGAAGGGAAAAGAGCGCAAGUUGCAGGUUUGAAAGAUGCUAGGACACCUCCAAUAUCCCUAACGAGGGCGCCGCCGACACUGCCUGUACGAGGACCGCCAGGACGAGUAGUGCCUGCGCGGGGACCACCAGCCCCAGCUACACCAGCGCAGAGGGAUCCUACCGCUUCGAGCGUUGUAGUAGAACCAGCGAGUGCAAAUCAGAGUGUGCCAGGUCAUUACACCCUCAAGACGCUCGAACUCGCACAUCUCAAAACCACAAUCUCGAGCGCAGUCUCCUCACUCACCACGUCAACCCCGAAACGAAGGACACUUAUCGUCCUCGACAAUCCCGAUCUCCUCCUAGCGCUUGACCCCACGAUCACUCCCUCGGCGUUCACUUCGCUGAUCCUCAGUCUCCAUACACUGCCCACCGUCUCGCAUGUCCUCACACACCUUCAAUCCGAUACACCGCUUCUCAGCCUCUCCACGCCGCCCCAACCGCUCGAAAUCGCGCACCACAAUCUCCUCGUGCAGUGCGCGCAUAUGAGUCGCAGGAUACUAGGGGUCAGAGUCUUGGACACUGGCGUUGCGAGGGAUGUUAGCGGGGUUGUGCGCGUUACUGAGCAGAAGGUGGAUUGGUUGGAAUUAGGAUUUGAAAAUGAGGGGAAGGAGGUCGAGGAGAGCGGGAAGGGGAGGGAGUUUCUGUAUCAGAUCAAGGGGGAUGGCAGUGUAAGGGUAUUCGACCGAGGAGCUGGUGGUGAUGGCUGA